AUGUUGUCAUUCCAGUGUCCUUCGUGCGGCAAAGGCAGUUUCAAGGACCACGUCGCUGUUGCUCGUCACAUGAGCCAACCUCGCUCUGGCUGCAGUGCAUGGCUGCAGGAUAUGGUACGCAUGCGCUCAGAAUCUGAUGACUUCUGUAUGGAUGAUGAACCGAACACCAAUAUGGACAAUGGUCCGAAUAUUCCUGACACCGAGUCUGGUGGUUUUGGAGAUUGGGAUGAGAUGUCUCGAGGGAGCGGCAGUGAGAGCCAGGCUCAUGACGAGGAAACACCAACUCACGACUCAAAAGUUAUCGACUCAUAUCCUGACUGCGCCCAAUCAUACGGCAGGGGCUACACAUUUCUUGAUUUAUUCAAUUCUGACGAGAACAGCAAACACCGUGCAACAAAUCUGUAUUAUCCAUUCAGCAGCUGGAAAGACUGGGAAGUUGGAUCAUGGCUACUUCGCUCAGGAUUGAGCAUGGGGAAGAUAAACAGUUUUCUUUCACUCGAGAUGAUAAAGACCCUUCCAUUGUCGUUCCGUUCGGCCAAGGAACUACGCGGCAGAGCGGAAAUGUUGCCCAGCGGUCCGCGUUGGAUGUCACAAAUAAUACCCACAGCAUAUCCCACGAAAUCACCCGUUGUGUUGUAUUGGCGUGAUCCCCUGGAUUGUAUCUCAAGCCUUCUCAACAAUCCUGCCUUUCAUGAUCAGCUGGACUUUACACCUCGCAGGGUGUAUACCACUGCGCAGCGGCUGUGCCGCGUGUAUUCAGAGUGGAUGACUGGUGAUGAUGCAUGGAAUAUGCAGUCAACCUUACCAAGAGGUGCAACACUCCUUGGGACCAUCUUAUCAUCCGACAAAACAAACAUAUCGACCAUGACAGGCGACAGAGUCGCACAUCCCCUUCUUAUCAGCCUUGCUAACAUACGCAUGUCCACGCGACUCAAGUCAUCUUCGAACGCAUUUGUGCUUACUGCUCUACUCCCCGUCCCAAAAUUUAUUUACAAGAAAAAACGCAUGCGGGGUGUACUCGAGGAUCGCCUCAUUCACGACUGCUUGAAUAUCGUUCUGCGUCCACUCAAGCAUGCUGCUCGUGAAGGGGUCAUGCUGUCAGACCCUGUCGGACACACAACUACACUCUCCCAGCUGACCAUCGCACGAAGUAAGGUCGAUCCCAACGACAUCGAGGGAUUUUUUCGCGAGGCGCAGAAGUUUCGUUUGAACGGCGUGAAUGUCCCAUUCUGGCUGGAUUGGCUCCUCAGCGAUCCAUCACAUUUUCUCACUCCUGAAUUCCUUCACCUCAUUCACCGCGAGUUCUAUGACCACGAUGCGAAGUGGCUUAUUUGCGCAGUUGGUGAUACAGAGAUUGAUUUUCGGUUCUCUGUGUUGCAGGCCAUCACUGGAUUCCGUCAUUUUCGUGGUGGGAUAUCGAAGCUUAAACAGGUUACAGGACGCACUCAACGCGACAUCCAGCGCUCAAUCAUUGCAGUCAGCGCAGAUGCAGUACCUAGUGCUGUUAUGACUGCCAUACGUGCUCUGAUGGACUUUCGGUACCUCGUACAGUCACCCGUAAUUGACGACAUCCAACUCACCCGCAUUUCCACGGCCCUCGAAGAAUUCCAUGCCAACAAAGAUGCAAUUUUAGAUGGUGGAUUUCGUCGUGGUCAGCGUGGCAGGGUCAUCGAGAACUGGUACAUCCCAAAGCUCGAACUCAUGCAGUCCAUAGUUCCGAGCAUAAGGAACACUGGAGUUCCUCUGCAAUGGACCGCCGACACCACAGAGCACGCGCAUAUAACAGAAAUAAAGGAUCCUGCUCGCUCGAGCAAUAACAAUAACUACGACCCCCAGAUUUGUCGCCAUCUUGACCGUGCUGAUAAAUGCCGCCGCUUUGACCUCGCUAUGAGUCUGCUCGACAAUAUGCCAGACUCAAAGCAGCAGGGUUCAGAUGAUGAUGACGAUGCUGACGACGAUGCUGAUUUCAAAGCAGAUCACGAUCACGAUAUCCCAGCAGACCUUCUGGCAACAAUCAAAUACCCUGGAUAUUCACAUCCAAUCACCAAUUACUUCGAAAUCGCCAAGGUCCUCCAGCACAGGGAAACGGGAACAGUCCCCGUGCCAUUGCGCUCGUUUGUUGUCGAACGCACAGCAUUUCACCUUGCUUAUGACCCUUCCAUCAGAAACUUAUCUGUUGACGAUGCUGCCAUUCAGUUUGGCCUUCCUGACUUACGACCAGCCAUUGCCGACUUUCUUCGUCAGGAGGCUACUCACGGGAGGGAUCACAUCCAUACUAUUGGGGGGACUAGAAGAGCUGGACCCACCACUCCACUUCCUUUCGACAAACUACAAGUCUGGUUUAAGCUUCGGCUGCAAGACACCGAUUUCCACGAUACUAGCAUCAUACGGCCUGCACAGACCCUCAAUUGUGCGCCCCCUUCUGAUCCCUGGACCUCUGGCCGUUAUGACACGGUCAUCAUCAACAAUGAUGCGAGAUGCUUAUGGCCUACAGAUGGUCUUCGUGGUCAUACUAUCGGCCAAAUCAGGCUUAUCAUGCGUCCUAUUGGAAAGAGUGGAGCAAAUUGGUCAUGGAAGGACCGCUUUCUGGUAUACGUGCAUCGCUUUGAUAUUGUUCCAAAAGGCUCUGGUACCAAUGAUCGCGAGCCAAGUACGCAGCUCCACUUGCUCAAACGCGCGAAGCGUUCCAAUGGUACUCCGGUGGGUGAUAUCAUACCUGUGACCCAGCUCAGAGCACCUGUCAACCUUGUCCCUCGCUUUGGUGCAAGUGCGGACAACCGCCUUACCCCGUAUAAUAGCAUGGAACAUGCUUCGCAGUUUUGGCUCAACAGGUAUUGGGACAAGAAUAUAUAUUUUCCUCUUUCCAUGUAG